UUGUUCCCCCGUCCCCUCAGGACCUGAAGUCUUCACAACGACCCUGAACAAAGUGAGAAGAGAAAAAUGGGUCCCUCUCAACGCCAAACAAAAGGAAUAUAUAUCGGAUGUGAUGAAUUCAGGUAUCAGUUUUGCUACAUCAACUUUACCCAAUUCCUCUGAAGAAAUCAGCAGUUUGGACUCUUUCCUGCAUGCUGUGAAGAACAAGUUGAUGCAACAAUUAGACCAAAUCAUUGUGCCUCCACUCAAAUAUUCUGGAAUUGUUGAUGUUGAUAAACUUGUAAACUUCAGCAACAUAAUCCAGGAGCUCGACGACAGGAUCGAAACCUCGGAUGGGGCGAUCAUCGAACAGGAAGAAUUACUAGCAGAGAAGAAGCAAAGGCUGGAAAGUUUGAAGUUGACCAACAAAUCUUCCCAGUUGUAGUUUUUUUUAACUGUUGUCAAUUAGUCUCAACUUGGCUCUGAAUAAACAAGUCUGAAUAAAUAA